AUGGGCAAACACUGGAGGAAAUUAGGGCAGAGUACAACAGUCAGCAGAAAAAGAGACUCUGCAGGCAAAAUGGCUGCCGCCAUUCUUGAAUUGCAAGAGGAUGCAAGCCAGAAACCUGCAUGCUCAACCACUGCAUCAGAAAUAGAUGUCCAAGCCACAAAACCAAAGAAAGCCCGACAAAACAAAAAGAAAAAAACACCAAAGAAAAAAAAAAUGCAUGCAACUCUGCCAUCCAAGCCAGCUAUCCAUCCAGAAAAACUCGCAGAGAUGAUGGAAUUGGUAGGUGAAGAUUAUACAAGUUCACAUUCCACCCCCAAGAUAAAACAACCAACAAGAACAUCGAUAUCGACCACUCAAAGAACGCCUAUAAAAGUGAUGAACACCUCAACCCCAAACAAUGAAUCUACACCGAGAAGUGUGUCAUCCGCCAAAAAUACUCCAAGGAAACAAGCAAACAUAUUGACCCCAGAGAAGCAACCUAUGCCUACAAUUUCAUCAACCUCCAAAAAUACCCCAAAGAAACGAGCAAAUGUUGUGACCCCUAAAAAGCUACUUGUACCAGAAAGUACAUCAACCACCACAACAACGCCUAAUAAACAAGGAAACAUUUUGACCACAAGGAAGCAACCUGUUUCUUUCAACAUACAGCUAAUUCAUUUGCUGGGAAACAGAGCAGCAUGA